UCCUGUGAUUGUCCGCCUCCCUCCCUUCCUCCUCUUGCUCUCUUUCCCUCUCUCGUUUUUUCCAAAGUUGAACAUUUCGCUUUGCCUGGGAGCUUUCGCCGGCGGAGCGGCGCAGCUGACUUGCUCUGAGUCUGGCCGACAGACGGAGCGCUCCGGGGGCUGUCGUUUUGGAGUUCUUUACGCGGGGUCUCCAGCAGAAGGAAAUGAGUCAUUUGCGGUACCCAGACUAGCUCUUUAACCGAGUUCUGUAUUUUUUUUUCUCCCUAAAUCAUACCGGGAUACUUCCAAGAUGUCACAGGAACAGAGCGUCGGGCACGUAAAGCUGGUAACUGGCCAGCUUCCGUGGGAUUUGAUGUCACCUUUAGAUUGGUUUAACUGAAGAUGGAAACACUGGAGUCUGAGCUGACGUGCCCGAUCUGCCUGGAGUUGUUUGAAGAUCCUCUGCUCUUGCCCUGUGCCCACAGCCUUUGCUUUAACUGUGCCCACCGCAUCCUGGUGUCUCAUUGCUCCACCAGCAAACCCCUCGAGUCCAUCUCCGCCUUUCAGUGCCCCACGUGUCGUUACGUCAUCACGCUGAAUCACCGCGGCCUGGAGGGCCUUAAGCGCAAUGUGACGUUGCAAAACAUCAUUGACCGCUUUCAAAAGGCCUCCCUCAGCGGCCCCAAUUCCCCCACUGAGAGCCGGCGGCUGCAGACACAGCGGCCCUACACCGCCACCAUUAGUGGCACGAUAGCUGGAACGAUCGGUGGCGGCGGCGGUGGAACAGGUGGAGGAAGUGCCCGUGGCAGCCCAGCCACUUCCAGCCACUCCCACCCGCACGCCAACCACACCAACCACACCAACCACACAAACGCAAACCACAGCCCAGCUGUUGUGGCGAAGAUGGAUCCAAGGAUCAGCUGCCAGUUCUGUGAACAGGAUCCGCCUCGCGAGGCUGUUAAGACGUGUGUUACGUGUGAGGUGUCGUACUGCGACCGAUGCCUGCGUGCAACACACCCGAACAAAAAGCCCUUCACCAGCCACCGCCUGGUGGAGCCAGUACCAGACACUCACCUCCGGGGCCUGACCUGCCUGGAACAUGAGAACGAGAAGGUCAACAUGUACUGCUUGGUGGAUGACCAGCUUAUCUGUGCCCUCUGCAAGUUGGUGGGUCGUCAUAGAGACCACCAGGUGUCCUCGCUCACAGAUCGCUUUGACAAGCUCAAGCAAACUCUGGAGAACAACCUGACCAACCUGGUGAAGAGGAACAGUGAACUGGAGAAUCAAAUGGCCAAGCUCAUUCAGAUCUGCCAGCAGGUUGAGGUAAAUACAGCCAUGCAUGAAGCUAAGCUGGUGGAGGAGUGUGAUGAGCUGGUGGAAAUCAUCCGGCAGAGAAAACAGGUCAUCGCUGUCAAGAUCAAAGAGUCCAAGGUGAUGAAACUGCGCAAGUUGGCUCAGCAGAUUGCAAACUGUCGCCAAUGCUUGGAGCGCUCCAGUGCCCUCAUCACCCAGGCUGAGCAGAGCCUAAAGGAGAACGACCAUGCACGCUUCCUUCAGUCUGCCAGGAACGUGGCAGAGAGGGUAGCGAUGGCGACAGCCUCCUCCCAGGUACUCAUCCCUGAUGUGAACUUGAAUGAAGCAUUUGAUAACUUUGCCCUUGACUUUUCCCGAGAGAAGAAGAUAUUAGAGGGUCUAGAUUACCUAACAGCGCCCAACCCGCCAUCCAUCAGGGAUGAGCUGUGCACCGCCUCCCAUGACACCAUCACCGUUCACUGGACGUCAGAAGACGAGUUCAGCGUCACCUCCUAUGAGCUGCAGUACACCAUCUACACUGGCCAGACAAAUUUCAUCAGUCUGUACAACUCAGCAGACAGCUGGAUGAUUGUACCGAACAUCAAGCAGAACCACUACACGGUGCAUGGCCUGCAGAGUGGCACCCGUUAUAUCUUCUUCGUCAAGGCUAUCAACCAGGCGGGAAGCCGCAACAGUGAGCCAGCCCGCCUCAAAACCAACAGUCAGCCAUUCAAGUUAGACCCGAAGACCGCCCACAAGAAGCUUCGCCUGUCCAACGACUGCCUGACCAUGGAGAAGGACGAGAGCUCGCUGAAGAAGAGCCACACUCCAGAACGGUUCAGCGGCACCGGCUCGUAUGGAGCUGCCGGGAACGUCUUCAUUGACAGCGGUUGCCACUACUGGGAGGUGCUGCUGGGAGCAUCCACAUGGUAUGCCAUCGGCGUUGCCUACAAAUCAGCUCCGAAAAAUGAGUGGAGCGGCAAGAACUCGUCCUCGUGGGUGUUCUCGCGCUGCAACAACAACUUCAUGGUGCGGCACGAUGGUAAGGAGAUGCUGGUGGAGGCGAGCCUGCAGCUGCGGCGGCUCGGUGUCCUCCUGGACUACGACAACAAUUCGCUGUCCUUCUACGACGCCAUGAAUUCCCAGCACAUUCAUACUUUCGAAAUCUCCUUCCUCCUGCCUGUUGUACCCACUUUUAUGAUCUGGAACAAGUCAGUCAUGAUUCUCUCAGGACUACCUGUCCCAGAUUUUGUCGAUGGGGUGGCUUCAGAUCUCCAAGAGCAGCAGCAGCAGCAAAUGGGUCUGUGUCGACAGGAAUCGCCGUACUUGACGGGGAUGAAAACCUGCCACUGACUAAGCUUGCGACAGAAGAGUGGAUUAGGACCUGACAGACACUGACGGCUUGACUGAGCUUUGCUCUGAUCCUCAAGAAGGAAUGGGUGACUGUCUGAAAGCAUUGGAAAAAUGUUACUCCUGUUAGUUUGUAGCCACUCUGUGUUUUGCAUAUUCAUCUAGCUUAUAGGAAAGGUCUGUUUGACUGAAAAGAUUAAUGUGUGUUAAGUUCAUCAAAUGCCCUGAAGUCACUGUCAAAGGCAGCUUGAGCAGGGCCGGAUUCCUGGUUUUCAGAACCAUUUUAGGCCCUUCUGUUUUUAUUUCUUUUUCUUCCUUUGACCCCCUAGGCAGGAGAUCAAGGUGAAAAUCGUUCAAGUUUAAAGUUGCAAGAUAGAACUAGCGGGAUUAAGUCUCAUUAACUUAAUCAUGAAAAGUCUUAUUUUUAAAUUGUGAAAUUUUUCGUGCAACAGGAGCAAAUACAUCGGCAUACCACCAACAGGUGCAUCUUAGUAAAUUAUAACACCACUCUUUAAAAACUUAAAAUGAUUCUAGAAACACAAAUGUCUGCCUCCUCCUCCUGGAGCAGUGAGUGGCAUGAAAUUGAUGCUGUACACAUGAAGGCUGCAGAUUUCUUCCCCAUUCUCAUUCUGCCCAUUUUCUCUCAUGACUAUGGAUAAUGAGAGCAUAAUCUUUAAUACCUUUUAUAAAUAUAGAUUUUUGGCCUCCUGAGGAGAAAUGUAUAAUAAUACAUAUUUGAACUCAGCUCAUCCGUGUUGUUGGGCCUGAUAUUUAUCAUCUUCCUCUAAACCUAAAGCCAACAGAAAGAAAGUCGUAUAGAUUUCAAAGUUUGCUCAGCCACCAAAUCAUCACUGUGGAGCUUUAGAGAUGACCUCAGUAAAACUUAUGAUUUCUGAUUUUCUUUUAAAAAAUGUCACUUUGAAAUUUCUUUUUAUUUUUUUUAUUUAAAUUACUGGAAUAAAUUUCCCAACAUCAAUUACAUAAGCGAUGUUAUAAUUCACUGAGACACACCUGUAUAGUACAACUUCCAGAAAAUAAGCAUAUUCUUCCACACCUUAGUCCAAAACUGCAAAAAGAUUAAAUAUUUUGUUUGUUUUAAAUUUGGAUGCCAAUUUAUAACACUGAUUUGAAUAAGUGAUUGCAAGUUUACUUGUAAAUACUUGUUUUCUGUGUCCUUGGUAGCUGUAACUUAGCUUUCCUAAAGCCUUGUCCUCGUUCUUCCUCCUAGAUUUAUCCCAUCAGCCCUGUUUGUGUGAGUGGGUCCAAACUUCCAGGUUCCAGGAAGCUUUAACGUUGCUCCCAGAUUUUGUUUCUACAACAUCACAGGGAGCAGAUUUGCAUCAUGUGACUACUCUGUUUGUAAGAUAAGAGACUUAUUGGACACAAGAAAACAAAAGUAGUAUUUAUAGAAAGGAAGAUGGUUUAACUUUAUUUUCACUUUACAAAAUAUUCAUGAUGCACUUUUUGAACUUGACAUCAUUUGCCCUCUGUGUUGUAAAGUAGAGCUAGAAGUGAGUGGCAGGUUAUAAUGGGGAGGAUAAGUGAAAGAAAACACUGUGUUAAAUUAUGUUUACCAUUAAAAUGAGUGUGGUGCAGCAAAAUGCUGACAACUUUUCAGGCAACUCUUAUUGUUGCCCAGAGCAAAAUAUAACAAUGAAAAGAUCUUUAGUUCCUCAUUGCACUUUGAAACAGCAUACAGUAAAGUUAGCGUUCUUUGGAAAAGGGAUGUGAUUUUUAUCUAAAUGGUGAUAAAUUAACAACUUUUUUUUUACUCUGAUAUUAAAUUUUCAGGGCUGAAGAGGGUUAACACUUGCUAUUUGUUGCAGUGUGACGGCAUGACUGUGUUUUCCUCCACAUAUGUGCACAUUUUAACACCACAUAAUGCUCCAUGUCACAAACAGUGCAUGCAGCAUUAUCAGAUCACAGGAGCUCACUGGGAAGUUCACUACAUAUAGUUUCAUUGUUCAUCAUACAGCAGAUUAACUCCAGUUAUUCUUCGCUAUUCACAUUUAGUUAUAGCUCGAGGUGUUCAUAAGUUGUUGGGGUUUUUUUUGUUAGGUUUCAAGGCUUAGUGUGGGUGACUGUUUUUUCUGGUUUGACAUUCAGGUAGCAGUGCUGACCCAGACAAUCAAUGUGUAUUAUACUGUAGUUUAGGCAGAUUAAAGAGGUUGCACAGAGGAAAAAGCUGACAAAAAACUGACACUGGAUGUUGGGUAAAUGAAAAAAUAUCUAUAUGUAUGUAGUCUUUUAAAACUGAUCACACCAUAUGAGAAUUUUGCAUUGACUCUCAUUUGCCAUUUCUAUUCUGGCAACUUUUGAUGUCAUUGUGUCCGAAAGUCUGUGAGGCAAGAAAACAUUGGUUUAAAUGUUUUCCCAUCUCAUGUAUUAAAAAGGUUUUUCGUUGAUUUUAUGGAACCACAAACAUCCAGCAGUUUACCUAUCAGCUGUGCAAGAGUUGUCACAAUUGCACCGGAUCAGCGAUCAUUUAAAGAAGGCCUUGAUGGUUAGAGAUGACUCACUUAAGAUGCAGCAGAGUGGGAAAUCUGUCAGGCUUCUGCUAAGUUUCUUUUGAUUUUCAAAUAUCCAUCAGUCUUGUGGAAUAAUGUCCGUCACAGACUUGACCGCGCAUUGAUUUGGGAGGACGAGCUCAGUGUGUGUACUUGGCCAGGUUACUGCAUGAAUAUGUGACCUUGUUGAAGGUUCAGAAAACUUUUCCUGUCAAAUCAAACAUUCAAUCUUUGUUUAUUGCUUUUUUGUUUUUAAGGAAAAAAGAAACGAGACAACUACACAAAGUUGCCAUCGCCGUGCAUAUCAGAUUGUUUGCAGUGCUUCUUUUUUGUGUCACAAGUCAGUACAGUAAAAUAUAUUUACGGUGAAUGACUUUCAAUAGCUUCCCACUCCUCGUAGUGCCGUGUUUAUACCCUAGAGACAAUGCAAUAGAUUCUUCUUUUUGCUUUCGUUUUCAGUAGCUUUGGGACUUUUUUUGUUUUUUUCUUUUAUACAACAGGAAAAGAAAAGUGCUCCUCUCCUUCAUGGCACUGGGACCUUAAAAAGCAGCACAAACAGAGUGACUUUGCCUUCAUGCAAUGCUUUCUGUUUCCAUAGAUAUAACUGAAAUACUUUUAGCCAGAGAGGAAUGUAAAUCAGAGGGGGAAAUAUAUAUUAUAUAAAGUUGUAUAAUGUACAAAAUAUAUAUGAACCAAUGUUAUUUAUGUGAAUUUGAGUCCAAUAAAAAGUCUGAUCCCAAAAA